UUAGAUUCUCAUCUCCCAAUUGCUGUGUAUGCCGUUCGAUUGAUUUCACGAAGUUUUUUUUUGUGUGUGGUGUGAUUUCGUUACAAAGAGGGAGUCUUCUGAGAUUUUUUGUGAAUUUUCUUGUUAAUUGCAAGGCGAGUCGAUGUCUGGACCACUCGAUCGAUUUGCGAGGCCUUGUCUUGUAUUGACCCAAUCGGUUGAUUCUAUGCUAUUCUGCAUCUGAUUUCUGCUAUCUGGGUUAUGCUUUGAGGGGUCAUCAGGCAAUGAUGAGAGAUCAGAGAGAAGAGAAAGAAAGUCUGAUUUUGAGAACUCAGAGGAUGAAAGGAGGACGAGAAUCGGUUCACUGAAAAAGAAAGCACUAAAUGCAUCUACCAAGUUCAAGCAUUCUCUUAAGAAAAAGAGAAAACCUCCUGGACGAGUCAGCUCUGUCUCAAUUGAGGAUAUUAGAGAUGCUAAGGAGCUACAGGCCGUUGAUGCAUUUCGACAAGUACUUGUCUUGGAUGAAUUGCUGCCAGACAAACUUGAUGAUUAUCAUAUGAUGUUGAGGUUUCUGAAAGCAAGAAAAUUUGAUGUUGAAAAGGCAAAGCAAAUGUGGGCUGACAUGAUUCACUGGAGAAAGGAAUUUGGUGCUGAUACGAUUAUCGAGGACUUCGAUUUUGAAGAGUUGAAUGAAGUUUUGAAGUAUUAUCCUCAUGGUAAUCAUGGAGUCGAUAAAGAUGGAAGACCCGUCUACAUUGAAAGAUUAGGGAAAGUUGAUCCUAACAAACUCAUGCAAGUUACUACCAUGGACCGGUACAUAAAGUAUCAUGUGAGGGAGUUUGAAAAAAGCUUUGCUUUUAAGUUUCCUGCCUGCUCAAUUGCUGCAAAAAAGCACAUAGACUCGAGCACAACCAUUUUGGAUGUUCAGGGCGUGGGGCUGAAGAACUUCACUAAGGGUGCUCGUGAACUCAUCAUGCGGCUCCAGAAAAUCGAUGGUGACAAUUAUCCUGAAACACUCCAUCAAAUGUAUAUCAUCAAUGCUGGUCCUGGUUUUAGAUUGCUUUGGAGUACUGUCAAGUCAUUUCUAGAUCCCAAAACGACUUCAAAGAUUCAUGUUCUGGGAAACAAGUACCAGAAUAAGUUGCUUGAGAUAAUUGAUGCCAGUGAAUUGCCGGAAUUCCUAGGUGGCACCUGUACCUGUGCAGAUCAAGGGGGUUGUCUUCUAUCUAAUAAAGGGCCAUGGAAUAAUCCUGAAAUCUUGAAGUUGGCUCUUAAUAGCGAAGCACGACGUGCCAGACAGGUGGUUAAAGUUUUAAAUAGCGAGGGAAAGGUUGUUGCAUAUGCUAAGCCUCAGCUUCCUGCGCUAAGAAGCAGUGAUACUUCUACUGCCGAGUCGGGGUCAGAAGCCGAAGAUAUUGCAUCUCCGAAAGCAAUGAGGAGUUAUUCACAUCUUAGAUUAACUCCUGUUCGUGAAGAAGCUAAAACGAUCGGAGCUACAAGCUAUGCUGGUCAGUUUUCUGGAUACGAUGAGUACGUUCCCAUGGUUGAUAAAGCUGUUGAUUCUGGAUGGAAGAAGCAACCUUCAGCUCCAAAGCCUUAUGAUCCCAGAGGGACGCUUAUCGAACCUGCUGCUCAAAAGGGACCUGAAAAACUUCAUUCUCAGAUAUGGAUGAUGCUUGUGACCUUCUUUAUGACCAUUUUCACUCUCGUUAAUUCAAUGAUGAGCCAUGUAGCUAAAAAGCUUCCUGACACACCAUCCGAGAAUGCCCAAAACGCUCAGGAUUUCUUCUUUGAUGCAUCAACUAAGGAGGAAUUUCGCCCUCCAUCACCAACUCCUUCAUUUAAAGAGGCGGAACUUCUGUCUUCUGUUCUGAAAAGGCUAGGUGAACUUGAAGAGAAGGUCGAUACACUCAAAGCAAAGCCAGCCAAGAUGCCUUAUGAGAAAGAGGAAUUGCUAAAUGCUGCUGUUUGCCGCGUUGAUGCCUUAGAAGCAGAACUCAUUGCUACCAAGAAGGCUUUGCAUGAAGCUUUGAUGAGGCAAGAGGAAUUGCUUGCGUAUAUCGACAGUCAAGAGGAGAAAAAGUUCCGGAAGAAGAAAUCUUGCUGGUAAACUUUGUCAAAUGUAAAAACGGUUAUGCGGCUGUUUCCGUUCUCGUGUUUCUUUACUGUAUACGAACGUGAUAACAUUCCCGUGGAAUUCACGUUGCUCCAACUCUCCCUACUUUGAGAUGGUUUUGAUACAAUGUUAAAACUUUACAUGAUACUUACUACCA